GCGGCCGAGAGGCGGGAGCGCGGGCCCGAGCGCUAGUGCCGCCAUGCCCAGCUCCACCGGACAGCCCGACGGCGGCGGAGGCAAGCGCAGCGGCGGACCCGGGGCGGCGGUCGGCGGGGACCCCAGCCCGGGCCCCCCGCCGCCGCCGCCGCCGCCGCCGCCCCCGCCCGAGGGCGCCGAGGAGGCCGCGCCCGCGCCCCGGCCGCCGCCCGAGCCCGACGACGCGGCCGCCGCGCUGCGCUUGGCCCUGGACCAGCUCUCGGGGCUCGGUCUGGGGGGCGCGGGCGACCAGGACGAGGAGGGGGCGGCCGCGGGCGGCAGGGACGGAGCGGUGGCGGCGGCGGGAGGCUCAGACUGCGGGGCCGCGGCGGAGCCCGCGCCCCCCGACGGGCCCGAGGCGGGCGCGCCCGGGGUGGCCGUGGCCCCCGGCCCGCUGCCGCUGCUGGAGCCCGACGUGAGCCCCCCGCCGCCGCCUCGGCCGUCGCCGCCCGACGUGUUCGCGGGCUUCGCGCCCCACCCCGCGGCCCUGGGUCCCCCGACGCUGCUGGCCGAGCAGAUGAGCGUAAUCGGCAGCCGCAAGAAGAGCGUGAACAUGACCGAGUGCGUGCCCGUGCCCAGCUCCGAGCACGUCGCCGAGAUCGUGGGUCGCCAGGGGUGCAAGAUCAAGGCUCUGCGCGCCAAGACGAACACGUACAUCAAGACGCCGGUGCGUGGGGAGGAGCCGGUCUUUAUCGUGACCGGCCGCAAGGAGGACGUGGAGAUGGCCAAGCGUGAGAUCCUGUCGGCCGCCGAGCACUUCUCCGUGAUCCGCGCCACGCGCAGCAAGGCCGGCGGGCUGCCCGGUACCGCGCAGGGUCCGCCCAACCUGCCGGGACAGACCACCAUCCAGGUGCGCGUGCCGUACCGCGUGGUGGGGCUGGUGGUGGGCCCCAAGGGCGCCACCAUCAAGCGCAUCCAGCAACGGACGCACACGUACAUCGUGACGCCCGGGCGCGACAAGGAGCCAGUGUUUGCUGUGACGGGCAUGCCCGAGAACGUGGACCGGGCGCGCGAGGAGAUCGAGGCCCACAUCACGCUGCGUACGGGCGCCUUCACCGACACCGGCCCUGACAGCGACUUCCACUCCAACGGCACCGACGUCUGCCUGGACCUGCUCGGGGCGGCUGCGGGCCUCUGGGCCAAGGCUCCCAACCCGGGCCGCCGGCCCCCCGCGCCCACGGCCGGCCUCCGGGGGGACGCUGCUCUGGGCACCCCGGGGGGCCCCGAGGCCUUCUACGCGGGCGGCCGAGGGGGGCCGACCAUGCCGGUGCCGGUGCCGGACGCGGACCCCACCAGCCCCUACGGCGCCUCGGGCAACGGAGGCUUCACCUUCGGUGGGGACGGUCCGGGGGCCCCCGCGGGGCCACCCGCCCCGGAGGACUGCGACUUCGGCUUCGACUUCCUGGCGCUGGACCUGACCGUGCCCACCGCGGCCACCAUUUGGGCGCCCUUUGAGCGGGCCCCGCCCCUGCCCGCCUUCAGCGGCUGCGCGGCCGUCAACGGGGCCCCCGCGCCGCCUGCCCCGGGCGCCCGACGCAGCAGCGGGGCCGGCACACCGCGCCACUCGCCCACACUGCCCGAGCCCGGCGGCCUGAGCUUGGAGCUCCCGCUGGCCCGCCGCGCUGCGCCCGACCCGGUGGGCGCGCUGCCCUGGCGGCCCCCGCAGGGCUCCCUGGCGUCCUUCUCGAGCAGCGCCAGUUUCUCCACGGCCACCUCGCUGCCCAGCAGCUCCUCGGCCUCCUCGUGCUCCGCGCUGGACUCGAGCGCCUCGGAGAGCGCCCGCAAGCCCCAGGCGGCCCCGGCCCCCAACGCCCCCGCCUCCGCGGCCCUGGCGCGGGAGUGCGUUGUGUGUGCCGAGGGCGAGGUGAUGGCCGCGCUGGUGCCCUGCGGCCACAACCUCUUCUGCAUGGACUGCGCCGUCCGCAUCUGCGGCAAGAGCGAGCCCGAGUGCCCGGCCUGCCGCACGCCUGCCACCCAGGCCAUUCAUAUCUUUUCCUAGCUGGUCACCUCGCCGCGCCCGCGGCCCCCAGGGCCGUCCACGGACGCGGGGUGGGUGCGCAGGGCCGGGUGGGGAGGAAGGGGAGGG